AUGGCUGAUCCGGAAGACCCUGCCGUGUCUGCGUCUAAGCGCAGGCACUCUGCUGUCGACGGUGACGAGAAUGAUGAUUCUUCCUCCGAUGACGAUUUUGGGCCUGCGCUGCCAUCCGAGGCGGCACCGAAAAAGAAAAGACGAAAGUUGCCGUUCGAGAAAGUCUAUGUGAAAGCUUUGCCGGCCUCGCCCCGAUACUCGAAGUCGCUCAUGCACAAGGAACAAUUGUCUUUCGUGACAGUCACACCAUAUACUGAAUUCGUAAUUACCAGUUCUGUCGACGGAUUUGUGAAAUUCUGGAAAAAGAUGGCAGAAGGAAUUGAGUUCGUGAAGGAAUUCCGAGCCCAUCCUGGUGAGAUCCACGGCACUAGCGUGAGUGCGGACGGCCGCAGCUUUGCGACGGCGGGGGCAGACAAAACGAUCAAAAUCUUUGAUGUCAUAACCUUUGAUUUGUUGGCUAUGUAUACCUUGGACUUCGAGCCGCGCUGCGUCUGCUGGGUCCAUCGGCGAGGGGCUUCCCUACCUUUAUUGGUAGUCACAGAUCGGUCGAGCAAUACAAUUCAGAUAUUCGAUGGGCGCGGCGAAAAUCCAAAACCUCUGCAUUCGAUUCAGUCCAUUCAUCGUCACCCGGUAGUGUCACUGGCCUUCAACAAUACAUACGACUGCGUUAUCUCGAGUGAUGAGUUUGGCAUGGUGGAAUAUUGGCGAGCUGGCGAUUUCUCUUUUGAGAAGCCCGAUAAUGUCUUCAAACUUAAGUCGUCGACCGGUCUGUUUGCCUUUAGGAAAGCCAAGUCUAUAGCCACGUCACUCACCAUCUCGCCCGAUGGCGAGCAUUUUGCAUCCGUCUCCUUCCCCGAUCGCCAGAUUCGCGUUUUCGAAUUUGCCACGGGUAAACUGUACCGCACGUAUGACGAGUCGAUCACGACACUCAUGGAAAUGCAACAAGCCGGAACAGCGCCAUACUCGCUGGAUGAAGUGGACUUCGGACGGCGCCUGGGAAUCGAACGUGAAUUGGAGGGCGAGGCUACUCGUAACAAAGUCAAUGUCUCCUUCGACGAAUCGGGGCAUUUUCUGCUUUACGGGUCGUUGUACGGCAUCAAAUGCGUUAACACCUACACCAACCGAGUCGCCAGCCACAGAAAAAGGGGAGUGGUGACGGUAUCUAUGGCAGCAAGCAGCAACCCGCUUCUCCAGGAGGCAGAGGAGCGAGAUGCGAUCCUUGUCAGUACUGGUCUUGGCAAGGUGCGCUUCUACAUGUUCACCAACGAGACCGAGGUGUCCAAAUCCAGCCGAGAUGUCCAGAACGAAAAGCCCACUCAGACCACGGGCAAUAGCGAUGCAGGCCCUACCAAGGCUGCAGAAAGCGGGAAAGCAGCUAUUCUCCACACUACCAUGGGAGACAUCCACUUGCGUCUCUACCCCUCGGCGGCGCCGCGAACCGUGGAGAAUUUUGUCACUCAUGCCCGGCAGGGGUACUACAAUAACACAAUCUUCCACCGAGUGAUACCCAAGUUCAUGAUCCAGGGCGGUGAUCCGCAAGGUGACGGUACUGGCGGCGAGUCAAUAUGGGGCGGGGAAUUCCCGGAUGAGUUCUCUAGCCUGAAGCAUGACAAGCCUUAUACCCUAUCGAUGGCUAACGCUGGACCCAAUACGAACGGCAGUCAGUUUUUCAUCACGACCGAGAAGACCCCUUGGCUAGACAAUAAGCACACGGUCUUUGGGCGCGCAGUGCAAGGGCUGGACGUUGUGCACAAGAUUGAGAACGUCAAGACUUUCAAGGAAAAGCCCUUAGUUGAUGUGAAGGUGGUCAGCAUCAGCAUAACCUGA